AGGCAUUCACAAUAAAUAUAAAACCUGGGGGGACAACUAAAUUUUUUUUUUCUGCUUUUUUUUUUCUAAAUGUAUCGCUCCUCAUUGACGAUUCUUUCUCGACACAAGUUCAAGUCACCUCAAAUAGCCAGACUUUGUUCAUGUCCAACUGUCUAUCAACAAUGGACUGAUACCAACAAUACGCGUGUCACGAAAUACAAAGUAAUCACAACACCUACAUCACAACAACUUCCUUCACUCUAUAAAGAACUCGUCAAAUUCAAACUAGCUGCCCUGGUCACACUGACCACUAUGGCAGGCUAUGCUAUCGCACCCGGCGAAAGUACAGUCACGACCUUAUUGGCCACGACAUUGGGUACAGGUCUUUGUAUCGGUUCAGCCAAUGCGAUCAAUCAAUGGAUCGAAACCCCUUACGAUGCUCAGAUGCUUCGUACGCGAAACCGUGUCUUGGGCCGACGUGCCUUAUCUCAAGCCCAUGCAUUUGGAUUUGGUUGUUUGACAGGCGUCUCGGGUGUGUCUUUAUUGGCCAGUUGUGUGAAUCCUUUGACAGCUUGUUUGGGUGCAGCGAAUAUUGUGUUGUAUACAGGGAUUUAUACACCCAUGAAACGAUCUUCGAUUGCGAAUACAUGGGUAGGUGCUGUGGUAGGUGCUAUUCCCCCUAUGAUGGGAUACACAGCUGUGACAAACACAUUGAUGGAUCCUGCUGCUUGGAUCUUGGGUGGUAUUUUAUACGCUUGGCAGUUCCCUCACUUCAAUGCAUUGGCAUGGAAUUUGCGUGCAGAUUAUUCCAAGGCAGGGUAUCGUAUGAUGGCUGUGACGGAUCCUAAGUUGAAUGCGCGUGUGUCACUUAGAUACAGCUUAGCCAUGUUUCCCUUAUGUUGGGCUGUGCCUUACUUUGAUAUGACUUCAUGGUGGUUUGCUUUAGAUUCAACUGUGGUGAAUGGUGUCUUGGCUUGGGGUGCUGUUAAGUUUUGGAGAAACAGUAAUGACAAGUCUGGUAAGCAAUUGUUCUUUGGAAGUGUUAUUCAUUUGCCUGUCUUGUUGGCCUUGUUGAUGGUUCAUAAACAAUGGAAUUUGCCUGGUCAUUCUAAAAAGGAAGAAGAAGAAGAAUGGGUGGAAGAAGAAUAAAAGAAAAAAAAAAAAGACUUUAUUAUUGUUCUUUGUUAAAAUCACUCAUGUUGGUAGCCUCAACAGGGGAACUAUAAAAAUA